AUGAUAUACUCUUUGCUCUUUGUCUCUGCCCUCGCGGGCUCUGCGCUUGCCUUUCCUGGCCACCACAGCUUCACCAACUCGACCGUCCCCUCUCACCACUCAUCCACUUAUACUCUGCUUCCCACAGGCGGAGGAGGUGGUAAGCCUACUCAUACCGGUGGCAAUGGCAAUGGCAAUGGCAGCGGCACUGGCCAUCCUCAGCCUACCACGACCGUCGUCCCUGGCGGUCCCUCUGGAUCCGUCUCAACCGUCACCGAGACCAUCACGAAGACAACGUUCAAGCCCUGCUCGACUCCCAUUCACACUCAAAGUGGCACCACCUACUACAGCACCUGGUUGACGACCUCUACCUACGAGACAACCACCUGCUACACCACUCAACUCCCCACAACGAUCCCACCUCCUCCCCAGACCACAACCGUCAACCUGCCCGGUCCAGCAAACAACUGCCCCCCUCCAUCCACGGUCACCGUAACCGUCACUGUAGGCAGUGGCAGUGGCAGCGGCAGCAAUCCCGCAACGCACACCCAGGCACCAGCACCUGGUGGAGGCAGCGGAAGCGGAAGCGGUACUGGUCCCGGACACUGCAAGCACUGCGAGACCAUCACCUACACCAACACCUACGGGUACACGACGACUAUCGUGAUUCCCCCGAUCUCUGAGCCCACGAGCACUGCUACCACGCACACCACGGAAACGGGAACGACUACCAAGCCUACUCCACCUGUUGGGACGGGCACUGCGCCCAGUCACAGUCACACUCACACUCGGGGAUCACCGACUGGCACCGGGGGCGGACAGGCUCCUACCGAGACGAAGACGUGGCACUUUGAGAGGAGGAUGGAUAUAGACUGCACAAUAAAUGCAGCAGACUAUGCAGUCGAGCGCGCCGAGGAGGAUGCCAAUCCGGUCUCCUCGCGUGAGAGCCUCGAUUCCUCCUUCAGUUCCAGCAGCGAAGGAUCCCAGCCGCGGCUGCGAACAAUGUACUCGCGACGCACCGAGACCGACCUCGAGCGGUAUCAGACCUCGUCGCAGGUCAUAGAUCGGAUCGAAACCCAGCGCCUGCAGCAUGCGCUCACCGUCGGAGAGAGUAUCAAAACGCAGACCCGAGCGUCUGCCCGCGGGCCUCUCCCCGCGUUUGGGGCAGGCAAGCCCUAUCCCCCCCAAUUGCCCAACCGGGAAGACUAUGUGGUAGAGUUCGACGGGGAAGACGAUCCGCUGUACGCUCAGAACUGGAGCACGCGCCGAAAACUCUGCACCGGUGCCAUCCUCGCCUUCACGAGUAUCUGCUCCACCUUCGACUCGGCCGUGUUCUCCAGCUCCACUGGCAACGUCGCGCGCGUGUUCGGCGUCGGUGUCGAGGUCGCCACACUGUCGAGUUCGCUGUAUAUCCUGGGCUACGCCUGCGGGCCGCUCGUCUGGGCGCCCUUCUCCGAACUGCAGGGCCGCCGGCUGCCCAUCCUCAUCGGGAUGUUCGGCUUCGGGAUCUUCAACACAGCCGUAGCCGUCGCAAAGGACCUCCAGACUCUACUGAUCUGUCGCUUCUUCUCCGGCGUCUUCGGCAGCUGCCCGCUCGCCGUCGUGGCGGCCAUCUUCUCCGAUAUCUUCGACAACCGGUCCCGCGGCAUCGCCAUCGCCAUGUUCUCCAGCAUGGUCUUCCUCGGACCCCUCCUCGCCCCCUUCAUCGGCGGCUUCAUCAACAUGUCGUACCUCGGCUGGCGCUGGACCGCAUACAUCCCCGCCAUCAUGGGCUACGCCGCCCUCAUCCUCAACUUCUUCUUCCUCAAGGAAUCCUAUCCGCCCGUCAUCCUCAUCUACAAGGCCGCCGAGCUGCGCCGCCGCACAAAAAACUGGGGCAUCCACGCCAAGCAGGAGGAAAUCGAAAUCGACCUGCAGGAGUUACUCGUCAACAACUUCUCCCGCCCGCUGCGCCUGCUCGCGCACGAGCCCCUCAUCCUCGCCGUCACCCUCUACCUCAGCUUCAUUUAUGGGCUCUUGUACUGCUUCCUGACGGCGUAUGGCCUCGUCUACCAGAGCGUGUACCACAUGAACGCCGGCGUCGGCGGGCUGCCGCUCUUCGGGAUGGUCGUCGGCCUGUUCAUCGGCGGCGCCUACAUCUGUGUGAUUGCCAGUAGAUCGUACAACAAGAAGCUGCAGGAGAAUGCCGGCGUGCCUGUUCCGGAAUGGCGUCUCCCACCGGUGAUCGCUGGCGGGGCGCUCUUCGCGGCGGGCAUCUUCUGGUUCGGGUGGACGGGGUUCACGGCCGAGGUGCCCUGGAUUGUGUCGACGCUUAGCGGGCUCUUUACGGGGUUCGGGCUGUUGAUUGUGUUUAUUCAGUUGUUCAAUUAUCUGAUUGAUACGUAUCUCAUGUUUGCGGCGUCGGCCAUCGCGGCAAAUACGUUCUGUCGGUCCGUGUUGGCAGCUAGCUUCCCGCUGUUUUCGCGGCAGAUGUUCAAUAGUAUGGGCAUUCAGUGGGCUGCGACGCUGCUGGGGUGUGUUGCGACUGCUCUGGUACCUAUCCCGGUUAUUUUCUAUCUUUAUGGGAAGCGGCUUCGGAUGAAGAGUCGGUUUGCGCCGACCUUUGAGCUGGAUGAGGCGGCGCAUGCGCCGACGGAGAUGACUGAAAACAAGGGGGGAGAUGGCGCUAAUGGGCAGACGGAGGAGAUACGGCAGUCGUGA